AUGAACAACCCGCUCACCACCCGCGCUUCCGACCACCGACCUACCGGGCUUGAUACACUGAAUGAUGAUGUCGUCCUCACUAUAGCCCGCAUGGCCUCUUCGUUUCGCGACGUCCUAAGCCUUCGCCUCACCUGCAAAGCGCUGUCCAACAACCUCAUCGAAUGGUUUCGGGCUGAACUGCCGAUGUUUCAUAAUCGCCGCCCUGAUAGGCUCAUAUUGUACCUGUCUUCACCAAGCGAUGUCGAGAAAUUCAGCGGCUUAACUCAGAGCGAGCUUAUCGCUCACCAGAUCACUCAUCUCCGAAUCAACGUCACCGAAUUCAACUCAAAAGUCCUUCACGAGAUCGAAUACGACCUUAAGAUCCAUAAACGCUACGGAAAGUUGUUCCUUGAGGAUAUAGGAAGCAAUCCAUCCGAGGAUUGGGAUCUUAGCGACCCCCGUCCAUUCCGCGCGAAUUGGCGCGAAGCCAUCUACCACAAGUAUCAACAGGCUUACAUCGAACAGGAGUGGAUGAAGGCAAGCAGCAAGUACAAGAAGCAUUUUCCUGAAGGAUUCAGAAAGCUCCCUAAUCUCAAGAAAAUUGUCAUUGGGGACUGGGCUGUUGAUAAGAAACAUGACACAAAUGACUAUUCCAUUGUGAGAGGACAGUAUACGUCACCACACGACACAACUUUUGGCUGUAAGGCAAGAACAGCUGCCCUUUCAACCCUGUUGGCGAACCUUGCCUUAAACCCCCAGGACCUAGAAACGCUCAUUAUCCAGCGGAAAGGCCCGGAUUCUUGGCGCUUUAACAACGAAGAAGCUGGAACCUGGGCUUUCGAUAUUCCAGCCUCAGUUUUCAGUGCCUUAACUACUUCUAUGGGCCAUCUGAAGAAGCUACACUUGACUCUCAGUGACGGCACAUUCACCCAAGAAGAUGGUCGUCGUAGCUACAGCGUGGCGCCGGAUGGAACCACAACGGAAUCUGGACUACGAGCACUGACACGCUUUGUCUCGAUGUCGCCGGUCCUCGAGAGCUUCAGUCUUGCCGCAGCUAUAGAUACUCUCUUCCCAGCAACCUUUAUCCGGGGCAUCCUACGAAUACUACCUCCGACACUGUGCAGAAUCCACCUGUUCAACAUCAUCACCUCGGUCACGGAUUUGAACAAGUUCUUCUGGGAGCGCCGUGCAAUGCUGCGGUGCGUCGGCCUCACCCGAGUCUACUUGGUGGGCGAGAACUGGACGCCCGUCUUCAAGCUCAUGAAAGACCACCUUCCAUCACUUGAGAUUCUUCACUUGGAGCAGCUAUGGGAGCUGUUUGCUGAGUUCUCUGUGUGGCUUUACUUCCCGCGUGUCCAUGGCUUCGGACGCAGGUACGAUGGUCGGUUCGUAGAUGGCCGGUGGUACCCUGAACAGGGCUACGAUUCUCUGGAUUGCAGGAAGCCCGGUGUCGAUGAGGUUGAUGAUUUCCAGCCAUUCACGCCGUACAGCAUUCAGAAAGGCUUGGCGAGGGCGAUUUGGAAGGUGUGGAGGGAUAACAGGUGGACCACGGGCGAGCUGGCUGAGUAUGGCAUGCUACCGAAGCGGGUCGUCGACCACAUCCGCGAGACAUUUGGAGAGAUACUGGAGCCAGGAUUUGACGACACAGAUUUCUCCGAGUUGUUUGUGGAAUGGUGA